CGCGGCUGACUCAGUCAGUAGCGCCGGCAUCUCUGGAGACUGCAGCGUUGGACUCGUGCUUUCUUCUACCAUCCCCUUUCCCAAAGGAGUACCCUUUCCUUCACCCCACACCUUGGAGUAGUGUGAACUUCUUGCCUAAGGACUGGAAAGACUAAGUAGUUUGAAAAUGGAAAACCAAGAACCAGCGGAUUCUUCUCGAAAAACCAAACAGUGUAUUAUUUCAGAGGAGUUAAUAUCAGAAGGAAAAUGGGUCAAGUUUGAAAAAACAACUUACAUGGAUCCUACUGGUAAAACAAGUGUAUUUGGGAUGGGACCUUCAGUGCUUUCCCCAGCACUGUCUUCAGUCUUUAGGACUAACCUUAAGAGGCAGCAGAGAGAGCCAUACCAAAAGGUAACUUGGGAAACUGUGAAACGUACAACGAGGAAAGGACAGUCGGCUGAUGGUGUAACAAUUAUCCCAGUGCUGCAAAGAACUCUUCAUUAUGAAUGUAUCGUUCUGGUGAAACAGUUCCGACCACCCAUGGGAGGCUGCUGCCUAGAAUUCCCUGCAGGUCUCAUAGAUGAUAACGAAAGCCCAGAAGCAGCUGCUCUGCGAGAGCUGGAGGAAGAAACUGGCUAUAAAGGUGAUGUUGCUGAAUGUUCACCAGCUGUCUGCAUGGAUCCAGGUGUGUCAAACUGUAGCACACACAUCGUGACAGUAACUAUUAAUGGAGAUGAGGCUGAAAAUGUAAGACCUAAGCCAAAGCCAGGAGACGGAGAAUUUGUGGAAGUAAUUUCCUUACCAAAGAAUGACCUGAUGAAGAGACUUGAAGCUCUGGUAACUGAAGAACACCUGACAGUGGAUUCUAGGGUAUAUUCCUAUGCUCUGGCGCUGAAACAUGCAAACACAAAGCCAUUUGAAGUGCCCUUCCUGAAAUUUUAAGGCCAGAGGAGCAUAGCCAUGUUCUUGUAAAUGAGGCCACAAGGCUUCCUUCACUAAGACUUUGUAUUCACCUAAAUUUAAUGGAGAUUUGAAAGUACCUUUUUCAUAAAAUAAAAAUAACAGAAUGCACGUGGUGGUAUGGAAUUGUAAUUAUAG